GUUCCUCUUCAGCUUGGGAUUCGGAUCUCUCUGUCUCAUGAGAAGGAGCCUCUGGGAACUGCGGGCCCCCUGGCGUUGGCUCGAGAGCUGCUGAACGCCGACAACGAGGCCUUCUUCGUCCUCAACUCGGACGUCAUCUGUGAUUUUCCGUUCAAAGAGCUGCUGCAGUUCCACCACAACCACGGCAGGGAGGGCACCAUCGUGGUAACGCGGGUGGAGGAGCCCUCGAAGUACGGCGUGGUGGUGUUUGAGGCGGACAGCGGCAGGAUACAUCGCUUCGUUGAGAAACCGCAGGUCUUCGUCUCAAACAAGAUCAACGCCGGCAUAUACAUCUUCAAUCCCAGCAUGCUCAGCAGGAUCCAGCUGAGACCAACGUCCAUAGAGAAAGAGAUCUUUCCUGUCAUGGCGGAGGAGGGACAGCUGUACACCAUGGAGCUACAGGGUUUCUGGAUGGACAUCGGUCAGCCUAAAGACUUCCUGACAGGGAUGUGCAUGUACCUUCAGUCGGUACGACAACACGCUCCCGAGAGGCUACUCACGGGGCCAGGUUUCCUAGGCAACGUCCUGGUGGACCCGACGGCGCAGAUCGGGCAGAACUGCACCAUCGGGCCGAACGUCACCAUCGGCGCCGGCGUGGUCGUGGAGGACGGGGUGCGGAUCAAACGCUGCACGGUGCUGAAGGGAGCCCGGGUCCGAUCGCACUCCUGGCUGGAGAGCUGCAUCGUGGGGUGGAGCUCCUCUGUGGGCCAGUGGGUUCGUAUGGAGAACGUUACGGUGUUGGGCGAGGAUGUGAUCGUGAACGACGAGCUGUACCUGAACGGCGCCAACGUGCUGCCUCACAAAUCCAUCAACGAGUCGGUCCCCGAGCCGCGAAUCAUCAUGUAGCGUCGGGCGGAGGAGAAGAAUCCUAGCGCCUUUUGCACAAACUCCACCAAAAAACUGUGCCAGAGAGAGAGAGAGAAAGAGAGAGAGAGAGGGACGAACAGACGGGUGGAGGAAAGGAAGAGGAGGAGGAAGUUAUUUGGACUCCUUUUUACCCCUGCUUGGCUGCACCGUCCAUCAGCCGGAGACGAUGGUGUAAACAUGAGCUGUCAAACAGCAGCCUGGCCCGUACACCUCUGCAGGUAAAACAUUGGGAAUGUCUCUUUGUCUCACUGCUUCAUUAGAGAAAGGACGAGGGAGGGCGCUGAAGUGGGCGAGUUGUCCGUCAGAUGGUGGAGGGACUAGGGUGAAGUAUAUUUGGGGAGAGGGGGUUAAAGAGCAAUAUGAACACUGCUGAUUAGAGUCACUAUGCAUUUACAUUUCCUGGACAACUACAACGAACUGGCACUGAAGGAUCAGCCGACACCUACGUGUUCCUCUGGAAUCACGACUGACGAGACGGAGAUUUCUGAUCCAACAUUUUUAACUAUAUGCAGUUAAUGGUUAUAGUUAAAGCCGCAUCAAUUCAUUAUUACUUAAUGGCAUCUUGGGUAGAGCCCGACCGCUGAAGGAUCUUUUAUCCGAUAUUCCAGAUCCAGAAACGCAAAACAAAUAGAUUUCCCUAUCAUUAGUUAUUUAUAGUUAUUUAUGAUUUUUCAGUAAAAUAAUAUGACAAUAAUUU